AUGGAAAAUGGAAAAGAUCAGAAAAUCAAUUGUGAUAUGAAAACUGAUCUAAAUUUACUCCUUGAAUGUCUUAAGUAUCAAAUGGACCAUCCAGCUUCUCAAAAAGAAGCCUUGGUUACUAUUUAUUCAGUUUGUCAACAAAACGGUGCUGCCUGUGAGUAUUUUAGAGAAAUAGGAGGUCUGAUAUUUGUAUGGAAUCUUGCAAAGUCACAAGUGCACAGUUUGGUUCAAGAAGCUGCUUUAUUUACAAUAGGAGGUUUGGCUGAGAAUAAUGUGUUCUGCCAACAGAUGUUAUGCACAGCUGAAUUAUUUAAGGAUCUUCACACAUUUUUAACUAAUAAGGAUUCAAGUAUGAAUUUGAAAAGAAUGUCUGUAUAUGUCUUACUGGUGCUGGCUUCAAAUAAUAACAGUGGACAAACACAUGUGAGAGAAUCUGGAUGCCUCGAUAUUUUGCUACACUUAUUCAGAGUAAUUCCUUCAGAAUCUCAAAUUAACCUUUUCGAUGGUAAAAUUGAUCAGUAUCAUCUGUGGUCCUCGGUUUGUAGUAAUCUUUGUGUAUGUGUCAACAAUCCUCAGAAUGAGGAAAAUCAGAAAGCCUGCAGUUUGGUUUUUCCAUAUGCAAAAUAUUGGCUGCAAAGUAGUAUGAAGGCUGAGAUAAUUCGCCCAAUAUGUUCAUUCAUUGGUCUCACUGUUGCAAAUAAUUCAAGAACGCAGAAUUUUUUUAUUUCUAUUGGGGGAUUAGCUGUUUUGGACGAGCUUCUUUUCAAACUGAUGCACGGUUCAUUGGGGAACAACGCAAAUAUAAAACUUGCUGUAGUGGUGACAAAAACAUUGGAUGCCUGCAUUGCUAAUAACCCUGCAGUUGGCGUUCAUUUACCAAAGUAUAACAUUGUGCCUAAUCUACUGAAACUGCUUUCUUAUAACAUUUUGGACUCAGGAGAACGAUUCAGCAUUAUACUUACUCUUGGACAUUGUACAGAAGUCUGUGAGGAAAGUCAAUAUACUCUGAUUAAGAACAAUGGUCUUCCACUUAUGAUUCAAGCAUUAACUGAAAUGCAGGAUGAUGAACUAAAUAAAGCUGCUACCUUUGUGUUGCAAAACUGCAAACAGAUGACUGAAAAAUUGUCGGUGAAGAUGAAUCAGCAUUCAUUCCAAGAGGAUGAAAGAAGAAUAUUGGAAGUGGAUUGGCAGAACAAAGAGAGGAUUCUUGAAGAUUAUUGGAACGAAGCAAAACAAAUUUUAUACAGAAUCAAAGGGCUUGAAAAUGAACAAGAGGAAAACAUCAGAAGAGAAAUAUUAAUUGAUGAAGAUACCCCUCAAGAAAAGUUUCUGCAGGCUAUGACCCAACAUCAUCAAACAAAUUCCAGCAAGCAGCCAUCAGAUAACGGUUGUAGAAUAGGUAGACUUUCCUUAAACAGCCGGAACUUUAGCAAGACUCUGCAGUCUUGUCAAUAUCUGUGUGAACAACACAAAAUUAUUCUAGAAUCUGAGACGGAAUAUAAAAGAAAGUUGAGAAGAUCCAUAAUGGCUAACAAGAAUACUUCUGCAUAUAAUAAUGCAAGUUUUCAGAGUGAUGCACAUUCUAAGAACCAAACAAUGAAACAGAUUUAUAGCCUUCAAGACCAGGAUCUGAGUGAAAACCAUCCAUUUGAAGAGGAGAAUACUGAAACACUAUCAAAUAGCUCUACAACAACUUUAAAGAAAAGGAGAAUCAGGAAAGAUUUUACAUCAGAAGAAAUAAGUUAUCUUUUGGAAGGUGUAAGGAAAAUGGGGCAUCAUUGGAAUUCAAUUUUAUGGGCCUACCCAUUUCAGAAAGGACGGACAAAUGUUGAUCUUGCUAAGAAAUACUGCAGGUUACAGAAGAAUGGAAAGAGCAGAAAUACCCAACCUCUGUGAAAAUGGCCUGUAACAAAAGCUUGGAUGUAUGCAGGAUACUUGCUUUGUAACUGGAGAUUGUACAGUUAGAUGCUCUUUCCAC